AUGAAUGAAGAAAGUUGGCAACGUAGUGAUUUCGUGAUUUCGGUAAUAUUUAUGAAACUUUGUUAUCGCGAAAAAAAAUUAUUUGGACUGCAUUCAUUUUUAUCAUUUUUUUUUUUCGAGUCAAGGUGACAUGUAGAAAACCUCAUUCACACAUUCAGGUUACGAGUUUGAUCUAAUUAAUAUUUUUAAAUCAUUUUUCAACAGUGUUCGAAGAAUUUUAACGUUGUCAGAAAUAUUUUUUCAAAUAUUUAUCGUACCUAUCAAGGCGUUUAUUUGAUUUCGAACCAUUUUCGUCGCAUUUUAAUGAUGUAGAAUUUUAUCUUAGACUGACCAUUGGAACAACUUUUGACUUGUUUUUCAAUCGUUGAUUCAUUAAAUUAGACGCCUUUUCUCAUUCAAAAAAGAAAGUCACAGGUAAUUAGGUACCGUUGUUGUUGUUGUUGUUGUUUUUUUUUUUUACAUAGAACCUAAUUUUUUUUUAAUCGAUCGCAAUCUGUUGGAAAAAAAUUGCCAUUGCCUUUUUCAUUAAUCUUGAAACACUUGCAAAUUUAAUUUACCUACGUCAUCAUCGCUGAAAUAUUAUAAGAAUUUAGACUAAAAAAAUUUCAGACCGGUUGGUAAUAAAGUACAUACUAACUAAUGGGAGGUUCGUACUUUACUCGCUGAUCGUGCGUGUAUUGUACACAAUUAUUUCAUUAUAAAACGUGUACGUCUACGUACACGCUGAGAGUAUCAUAAAAAAUAUAAUUAACGAGAGAUAUGUAUUAGCCUAAUGAAUAUAUUUCAAGCGAAUGAUGAACUGAUAACUGAUAAAGCCAUACCACUGAAUGAGUGGGUGGGUCAUCCGGCAACAUUAUAAGGUUUACUCCGGUGACCAUUCUAUGUAUAUCAAACUACGUAUUUGUGUGUAGAAUUCAGUUUACAAAUUCGAACUCAAUUUACAAGUUGUUUUUUUUUAAAAGUACAGAGCUUUUUUGUUGAAGAGUGAAAGUGUUAGUGCGGUGGUGAUUUUUAGACGAUUUUUUUAUGGAAAAUUUUUGUGUUUCGGUCGUUUAGGUGAAAUUUGGAUGGAAGUCUGGUUCGACUGAAGAAGUGAUAUAUGAGUUUUUUAUUUUUUCUACGGUUUUUCUCGAAACAUAAGUACAUGUGCUUCGGCUGUAAAAAGUGAGCUGGUGUAUUUUCUUGAAAAAAGAACUACUCGUAUUUAGGUGGCACUGGUGACAAUGUCAUCAGCAUCGACUACAUCGAUAAAGAUGUCCAGUUUACAACCGAGAGAAGAACGUUACACUAAUGGAAAAAAUCACGAUACUCACGAUGAGCUGGACAAAAAUCAACCUGAUUCAUCGGUGAUCCAGUCUGCUGCAAAUGGAACUCAAGGAAGCCCUCGAGUAGAUAUCGAAUUCGUUAAUCUUACCUUUACGGUACCUGUCAGUAAAGAUGGUAGUUGGAAGGUAGAAUCCAAAGAGCUAUUACAAAGUGUGAGUGGUCUGUUCAAAUCAAAUCAACUAACAGCUAUAUUGGGCUCAUCAGGAGCUGGCAAAAGUACACUUUUAAAUGUGCUGGCUGGUUAUAAUACUGGUCAAUGGAAGGGUACGAUAUUAAUAAAUGGCGAGCCUAGAAACUUGAACAAAUUUCGGAAACUGUCGCGUUACAUCAUGCAAGAAGAUUUAUUACAUCCGAUGUUCACAGUAUUCGAAAAUAUGAGCAUAGCAGCCGACCUAAAAUUAGGCACGACCGUGUCACUUGAAGAGAAACAUAGAAAAAUUGAAGAAAUUCUGUCCAUGUUAAGAUUAACCAAAACGAAAAACACCAGAACUGGUCGUCUUUCAGGUGGCGAAAGAAAACGUCUCUCCAUUGCUUUAGAAUUAGUCGAUGAUCCGGUGGUAUUAUUUCUUGACGAGCCCACUACAGGUUUAGAUGACCUUUCCAGUAUACAGUGCAUAUCAUUACUGCGAAUGAUCGCCAAACAAGGAAGAACUGUGAUUUGUACCAUACAUACUCCUAGUGCCAAGAUAUUCUCCCAUUUCGACCACGUUUACGUAAUGGCUGAAGGACAAUGUAUGUAUGCCGGAUUGGGGAACGAUAUCGUACCUUUUUUGGCCACGUUAGGAUUGAAUUGCCCAAUCAACUAUAAUCCUGCAGAUUUUGUGAUAGAAGUUGUCAAUAGAGAGUAUGGGGAUCACAAUGAAAGCAUGGUAAAAGCUAUUGAAAAUGGUCGUCUAUACAGAUGGAAUGAUGUAGUAUCUUGCCACAAAAGUGCAAAUUAUAAUAAAGAUAAUUUGAAACCGUCGACAGAAUUUUUAAAUGAUAAUUUAUCGAAACACGAAUACGAUUUCAAAUGUUCCGGAUGGUUACAAUUUAAUAUUCUCUUACGAAGAAUGCUCCUGCAGACGUGGCGAGAUAAGAACUUCCUUCUGAUUAAAUUAACAACAUACCUAUUUAUCGGCGUUUUUGUCGGUGCAAUGUAUUUUCAAAAAGGAAACGAUGCAUCUAAAUCAUUGAACAACUUUGGUUUCUGUGUGAUUACCGCAAUAAUUUUUUUAUAUGUUCCAAUGUUCCCAGUACUUUUACGUUUUCCCAGGGAAAUUAAAUUUCUGCGCAGAGAACAUCUCAAUAGAUGGUACGGUCUAAACGCUUAUUUUUUUGCUCUUGUUUUCUCAACAACCGUAUUACAGAUAAUAUUAGCUUUAUUUUAUGCUCCUGUCUCGUAUAUAAUAUCUGGCCAGCCAUUUGAGUGGAACAGAGGGGCACGAUUUUCCAUAAUAUGCAUUUACAUGGCGAUUGUAUCAGAAAGUAUGGGGUUUGUAAUAGCAGCUAUGCUCAACGUUGUGAACAGUUUAUUCAUCGGACCAACAAUGACAGUUCCUUUAAUGGUAUUAUCAGUUUACGGAGCAGGAGCUGGCACUGCUCAUAUACCAAUUUUAAUUAAAAUUGGAAUGUAUUCGAGUCCUGUAAGAUACGCAUUAGAAGGCCUGAUGAUGUCCAUUUACGAUAAUGGUAGGAAAAAAAUGGCCUGCCCUCUGAUAAUUUGCGAUUUGGCCUAUCCGAAUGACCUUCUCAAGCUGGUUGGCAUGCAAGAAGUGAAUUAUUGGACAGACCUGAUUGCUUUAAUUGGCUUUUAUAUUGUAUUUCGUUUAGCGAGUUAUGUUUUAUUAAGGAUGAGAUUGUCAACUACGCCAUCUAGAUUAGCUUCUAGCUUUAUAGGACGUUUCGCUAAAACACAUUUCAAAUAGAUUCCUGUCAAGUGUCAAUUGAGUCAUUUGUAUGGACGUUUGAUCUCGUAGAAUUCGAUAUUGUUACCUACUCGUAUUGUUUCAAAUUGAUGACACUUAAAAAAAAAAUCAAUUAUGUAAAUUGAGGUGUAAGCUAAUAUGCUAAAUUUACCAAAAACAAAGCAAUUUGAAACAAAAACAGACAGUUUUUCCUCUUCUUUUUUUUUACCUCGAUCAAAUAACACAUCAAGACUAAUAAAAAUAAACGUAUUUUAUUAAAUAAAAAUAUCAACGAAAAUAUUAUGAUUAACUAUGUAACAAAAAGACAGAAUCUAUUACAAUAAAAAAAUUACUCGCUAUGCUGAAAAUAUUACAACAAUCAGCUUUACACAGAAAGAUUUUUAAUCCACUGACGAAAAUUGAAAAAUGUGAUUUACCUACAAUACGUAAUUUCAUGAUUAUUCAAGCUAAAAAUAUAAAAAUUUUGAAAAAAAAACUCAUGUGUACCCGUACAUUACCUAUUAAAAAUAUUAUCUGUUUUACCCAAAAGAACUUAUACAAGUAAUAUUAUUUUUAGAGUGGUAGGAAGACAUAUACCUCUUGUAUAAAUCAUGUCAUUAGUAUGAUUCUCAAAAUUCCAUUAUGUUGUAACAAUGUUUUAUUUUUUAAAAUGAUAUUGUUAUUUUUUUUAUUGCGUUGUUUUGUUUAUAAAGAUUAUUGAAUAGGUAUGUAUCCCAUUUAAAAUAAAUAAAUAAGUAGGUAAAUUUAAAAAAAAUAAAAUACGUAGGUAUAAUUUUUAAAAUUAUCGUUUUGUUUAUAAGCUCGCAUGGUAUCAUUUUUUUAAAAAAUGAUAUUCUCCUUAUGAGAUUUACAAACGUAAGUAAUUUUAUUAUUUAAUAAAGAUCUCGAUUUAUUUGUUGCAUUUGAUAUAAGUAAGUAUACAAAUAAAUUAAGAAAAAAAUAUCUGAAAUAAUUUACAAGUAUUUGUAUCUAGAUGAAAAAUGGUGGAUAAAUUUAACUAAAUAGGUACAGCAGGGAUGUAAAGCUGCAGAUAGGUUAAUUAAUAGCUGUUAAAAAAAUUCGAUGUCAAUUUAUAUACCUACAUAUCAAGUAAGUAUAUUUGAUGAAGAUGUAAGUACAGUUUUAUUAGUGUCAAAAUA